AUGGAAAGAGGGUUAAUGGGGCGGGGUGAUGGAAAGCGGAAGAAUGGGGCGGGGCGAUGGAAAGCGGGAGAAUGGGCCGGGGUGAUGGAAAGCGGGAGAAUGGGGCGGGGCCCCAUUCUCCCACUUUCCAUCACCCCGCCCCAUUCUCCCGCUUUCCAUCACCCCGCCCCAUUCUCCCGCUUUCUAUCACCCCGCUCCAUUCUCCCGCUUUCCAUCAACCCGCCCCAUUCUCCCGCUUUCUAUCACCCCGCCCCAUUCUCCCUCUUUCCUUCACCCCGCCCCAUUCUCCCGCUUCCCAUCACCCCGCCCCAUUCUCCCUCUUCCCAUCACCCCGCCCCAUUCUCCCGCUUUCGAUCACCCCACCCCAUUCUCCCGCUUUUUAUCACCCCGCCCCAUUCUCCCGCUUUCCUUCACCCCGCCCCAUUCCCCGGCUUCCCAUCACCCUGCCCCAUUCUCCCUCUUCCCAUCACCCCGCCCCAUUCUCCCGCUUUCCAUCACCCCACCCCAUUCUCCCGCUUUCCAUCACCGCGCCCCAUUCUCCCCCAUCACCCCACCCCAUUCUCCUGCUUUCCAUCGCCCCGCCCCAUUCUACCUCUUUCCAUCACCCUGCCCCAUUGUCCCGCUUUCCAUCACCCCGUCCCAUUCUCCCGCUUUCCAUCACCCUGCCCCAUUCUCCCUCUUUCCAUCAUCCCCACCCAUUCUCUCGCUUUCCAUCACCCCGCCCCAUUCUCCCUCUUUCCAUCACCCCGCCUUAUUCUCCCUCUUUCCAUCACCCCGCCCCAUUCUCCGGCUUUCCAUCACCCCGCCCCAUUCUCCCGCUUUCCAUCACCCCGCCCCAUUCUCCCGCUUUCUAUCACCCCGCUCCAUUCUUCCGCUUUCCAUCAACUCGCCCCAUUCUCCCGCUUUCUAUCACCCCGCCCCAUUCUCCCUCUUUCCUUCACCCCGCCCCGUUCUCCCACUUCCCAUCACCCCGCCCCAUUCUCCCUCUUCCCAUCACCCCGCCCCAUUCUCCCGCUUUCGAUCACCCCGCCCAAUUCUCCCGCUUUCCAUCACCCCGCCCUAUUCUCCCGCUUUCCUUCACCCCGCCCCAUUCUCCCGCUUUCCAUCACCCCGCCCCAUUCUUCCACUUUCCAUCACCCCCCUCCAUUCUCCCGCUUUCCAUCACCGCGCCCCAUUCUUCCGCUUUCUAUCACCCCCCCUCCAUUCUCCCUCUUUCCUUCACCCUGCCCCAUUCUCCUGCUUCCCAUCACCCCGCCCCAUUUUCCCGUUUUCGAUCACCCCGCCCCAUUCUCCCGCUUUCCAUCACCCCGCCCCAUUGUCCCUCUUUCCAUCACCCCGCCCCAUUCUCCCGCUUUCCAUCACCCCGCCCCAUUCUUUCGAUUUCUAUCAUCCCGCCCCAUUCUCCAGCCUCUUUCCAUCACCCCGCCCCAUUCUCCCGCUUUCCAUCACCCCGCCCCAUUCUCCCGCUUUCCAUCACCCCGCCCCAUUCUCCCUCUUUCGAUCACCCCGCCCCAUUCUCCCACUUUCCAUCACCCCGCCCCAUUCUCCCGCUUCUUUCCAUCACCCCGCCCCAUUCUCCCGCUUUCCAUCACCCCGCCCCAUUCUCCCGCUCUCCAUCACCCCGCCCCAUUCUCCCGCUUUCCAUCACCCCGCCCCAUUCUCCAGCUUUCCAUCACCCCGCCCAUUCUCCACAUUCCAUCACCCCGCCCCAUUCUCCCGCUUUCCAUCACCCCGCCCCAUUCUCCCGCUUUCCAUCACCCCGCCCCAUUCUCCUGCUUUCCAUCACCCCGCCCCAUGCUCCCGCUUUCCAUCACCCCGCCCCAUUCUCCCGCUUUCCAUCGCCCUGCCCCAUUCUCCCGCUUUCCAUCACCCCGCCCCAUUCUCUUGCUUUCUAUCACCCUGCCUCAUUCUACCUCUUUUCAUCAUCCCGCCCCAUUCUCCCUCAUUCCAUCACCCUGCCUCAUUCUCCCUUUUUACAUCACCCCGCCCCAUUCUCCCUCUUCCAUCACCCCGCCCCAUUCUUCCGCUUUCCAUCACCCCGCCCCAUUCUCCCGCUUUCCAUCACCCCGCCCCAUUCUCUUGCUUUCCAUCACCCUGCCUCAUUCUACCUCUUUUCAUCAUCCCGCCCCAUUCUCCCUCAUUCCAUCACCCUGCCUCAUUCUCCCUUUUUACAUCACCCCGCCCCAUUCUCCCUCUUCCAUCACCCCGCCCCAUUCUUCCGCUUUCCAUCACCCCGCCCCAUUCUCUUGCUUUCCAUCACCCCGCCCCAUUCUCCCGCUUUCCAUCACCCCGCCCCAUUCUCCCGCUUUCCAUCACCCCGCCCCAUUCUCCAGCUUUCCAUCACCCUGCCCAUUCUCCACAUUCCUUCACCCCGCCCCAUUCUCCCACUUUCCAUCACCCCGCCCCAUUCUCCCGCUUUCCAUCACCCCGCCCCAUUCUCCCGCUUCCCAUCACCCCGCCCCAUUCUCCCUCUUUCCAUCACCCCGCCCCAUUCUCCCUCUUUCCAUCACCCCGCCCCAUUCUCCCGCUUUCCAUCAGCCCGCCUCAUUCUCCCGCUUUCCAUCACCCCGCCCCACGCUUUCCAUCGCCCUGCCCUAUUCUCCCGCUUUCCAUCACCCCGCCCCAUUCUCUUGCUUUCCAUCACCCUGCCCCAUUCUACUUCUUUUCAUUAUCCAUCCCUAUUCUCCCUCAUUACAUCACCACGCCCCAUUCUCCCUCUUUCCAUCACCCCGCCCCAUUCUUCUGCUUUCCAUCACCCCGCCCCAUUCUCGCUCUUUCACUCACCCCGCCCCAUUCUCACGCUUUCCAUCACCCCGCCCCAUUCUCCCGCUUUCCAUCACCCCGCCCCAUUCUCCCGAUUUCCAUCACCCCGCCCCAUUCUCCCGCUUUCCAUCACCCCGCCCCAUUCUCCCGCUUUCCAUCACCCCGCCCCAUUCUCCCGCUUUCCAUAACCCCGCCCCAUUCUCCCUCUUUCCAUCCUUCCGCCCCAUUCUCCCGGUUUCCAUCACCUCGCCCCAUUCUCCCGCUUUCCAUCACCCCGCGCCAUUCUCCCGCUUUCCAUCACCCCGCCCCAUUCUCCCGCUUUCCAUCACCCCGCCCCAUUCUCUCGCUUUCCAUCACCCCGCCCCAUUUUACCUCUUUCCAUCACCCCGUUCCAUUCUCCCUCUUUCCGUCACCCCACCUCAUUCUCCCUCUUUCCAUCACCCCGCUCCAUUCUCCCUCUUUCGAUCACCCCGCCCCAUUCUCCCGCUUUCCUUCACCCCACCCCAUUCUCCUGCUUUCCAUCACCCCGCCCCAUUCUCCCGCUUUCCAUCACCCCGCCCCAUUCUCCCUCUUUCGAUCACCCCGCCUCAUUCUCCCGCUUUCCAUCACCCCGCCCCAUUCUCCCACUUUCCAUCACCCCGCCCCAUUCUCCCUCUUUCUAUCACCCCGCCCCAUUCUCCCGCUUUCCAUCACCCCGCCCCAUUCUCCCGCUUUCCAUCACCCCACCCCACUUUCCAUCACCCCGACCUUUUCUCCCUCUUUCCAUCUCCCCGCCCCAUUCUCCCGCUUUCCAUCACCCCGCCCCGUUCUCCCACUUUCCAUCACCCCGCCCCAUUCUCCCGCUUUCCAUCACCCCGCCCCAUUCUCCCGCUUUCCAUCACCACGCCCCAUUUUCCCGCUUUCCAUCACCCCGCCCCACUCUCCAACUUUCCAUCACCCCGCCCCAUUCUCCCGCUUUCCAUCACCCCGCCCCAUUCUCCCGCUUUCCAUCACCCAGCCCCAUUCUCCCGCUUUCCAUCACCCCGCCCCAUUCUCCCGCUUUCCAUCACCCCGCCCCAUUCUCCCGCUUUCCAUCACCCCGCCCCAUUCUCCCGCUUUCCAUCACCCCGCCCCAUUCCCCCUCUUUCAAUCACCCCGCCCCAUUCUCCUGCUUUUAAUCACCCUCCCUAUUCUCCCGCUUUCCAUCACCCCGCCCCAUUCUCCCGCUUUCCAUCACCCCGCCCCAUUCUCCCGCUUUCCAUCACCCCGCCCCAUUCUCCCGCUUUCCAUCACCCCGCCCCAUUCUCCCUCUUUCCAUCACCCCGCCCCAUUCUCCUGCUUUCCAUCACCCCGCCCCAUUCUCCCGCUUUCCAUCACCCCGCCCCAUUCUCCCGCUUUCCAUCACCCCGCCCCAUUCUCCCGCUUUCCAUCACCCCGCCUCAUUCUCCCUCUUUCUAUCACCCCGCCCCAUUCUCCCGCUUUCCAUCACCCCGCCCCAUUCUCCCGCUUUCCAUCACCCCACCCCAGUCUCCCGCUUUCCAUCACCCCGCCCCAUUCUCCGGCUUUCCAUCACCCCGCCCCAUUCUCCCUCUUUCCAUCACCCCACCCCAUUCUCCAGCUUUCCAUCAACCCGCCCCAUUCUCCCUCUUUCCAUCACCCCGCCCCAUUCUCCCGCUUUCUAUCACCCCACCCCGUUCUCCCACUUUCCAUCACCCCGCCCCAUUCUCCCGCUUUCCAUCACCCCGCCCCAUUCUCCCGCUUUCCAUCACCAUGCCCCAUUUUCCCGCUUUCCAUCACCCCGCCUCACUCUCCAACUUUCCAUCACCCCGCCCCAUUCUCCCGCUUUCCAUCACCCCGCCCCAUUCUCCCGCUUUCCAUCACCCCGCACCAUUCUCCCGCUUUCCAUCACCCCGCCCCAUUCUCCCGCUUUCCAUCACCCCGCCCCAUUCUCCCGCUUUCCAUCACCUCGCCCCAUUCUCCCGCUUUCCAUCACCCCGCCCCAUUCUCCCGCUUUCCAUCACCAUGCCCCAUUCCCCCUCUUUCCAUCACCCCGCCCCAUUCUCCUGCUUUCAAUCACCCCUCCCCAUUCUCCCGCUUUCCAUCACCCCGCCCCAUUCUCCCGCUUUCCAUCACCCCGCCCCAUUCUCCCGCUUUCCAUCACCCCGCCCCAUUCUCCCGCUUUCCAUCACCCCGCCCCAUUCUCCCUCUUUCCAUCACCCCGCCCCAUUCUCCUGCUUUCCAUCACCCCCCCCCAUUCUCCCGCUUUCCAUCACCCCGCCCCAUUCUCCCGCUUUCCAUCACCCCGCUCCAUUCUCCCGCUUUCCAUCACCCCGCCCCGUUCUCCCGCUUUCCAUCACCCCGCCCCAUUCUCCCGCUUUCCAUCACCCCGCACCAUUCUCCCGCUUUCCAUCACCCCGCCCCAUUCUCCCGCUUUCCAUCACCCCGCCCCAUUCUCCCGCUUUCCAUCACCCCGCCCCAUUCUCCCGCUUUCCAUCACCCCGCCCCAUUCUCCAACUUUCCAUCACCCCGCCCCAUUCUCCCGCUUUCCAUCACCCCACCCCAUUCUCCUGCUUUCCAUCACCCCGCCCCAUUCUCCCGCUUUCCAUCACCCUGCCCCAUUCUCCCGCUUUCCAUCACCCUGCCCCAUUCUCCCGCUUUCCAUCAACCCGCCCAUUCUCCCGCUUUCCAUCACCCUGCCCCAUUCUCCCGCUUUCCAUCACCCCGCCCCAUUCUCCCGCUUUCCAUCACCCUGCCCCAUUCUCCCGCUUUCCAUCACCCCGCCCCAUUCUCCCUCCCAUCACCCCGCCCCAUUCUCCCUCCUUCCAUCACCCCGCCCCAUUCUCCCACUUUCCAUCACCCCGCCCCAUUCUCCCGCUUUCCAUCACCCCGCCCCAUUCUCCCGCUUUCCAUCACCCCGCCCCAUUCUCCCGCUUUCCAUCACCCCGCCCCAUUCUCCCGCUUUCCAUCACCCUGCCCCAUUCUCCCGCUUUCCAUCACCCCGCCCAUUCUCCCGCUUUCCAUCACCCUGCCCCAUUCUCCCGCUUUCCAUCACCCCGCCCUAUUCUCCCGCUUUCCAUCACCCCGCCCAAUUCUCCCGCUUUCCACCACCCCGCCUCAUUCUCCCGCUUUCCAUCACCCCGCCCCAUAAUCCCGCUUUCCAUCACCCCGCCCCAUUCUCCCUCCUUCCAUCACCCCGCCCCAUUCUCACUUCUUCCAUCACCCCGCCCCAUUCUCCCUCCUUCCAUCACCCCGCCCCAUUCUCCCGCUUUCCAUCACCCCGCCCCAUUCUCCCGCUUUCCAUCACCCCGCCCCAUUCUCCCGCUUUCCAUCACCCCACCCCAUUCUCCAUCUUUUCAUCACCCCGCCCCAUUCUCCCGCUUUCCAUCACCUCGCCCCAUUCUCCCGCUUUCCAUCACCCCGCCCCAUUCUCCCGCUUUCCAUCAGCCCACCCCAUUCUCCAUCUUUUCAUCAACCCGCCCCAUUCUCCUGCUUUCCAUCACCCCGCCCCCAUUCUCCAGCUUUCCAUCACCCCGCCCCAUUCCCCCUCCUUCCAUCACCCCACCCCAUUCUCUCGCUUUCCAUCACCCCUACCCAUGCUCCCGCUUUCCAUCACCCUACCCCAUUCUCCAUCUUUUCAUCACCCCGCCCCAUUCUCCCACUUUCCAUCACCCCGCACAUUCUCCCGCUUUCCAUCAACCCGCCCCAUUCUCCCUCCUUCCAUCACCCUGCCCCAUUCUCCCGCUUUCCAUCACCUCGCCCCAUUCUCCCGCUUUCCAUCACCCCACCCCAUUCUCCCGCUUUCCAUCACCCCACCCCAUUCUCCAUCUUUUCAUCACCCCGCCCCAUUCUCCCGCUUUCCAUCACCCCGCACCAUUCUCCCGCUUUCCAUCACCCCGCCCCAUUCUCCCUCCUUCCAUCGACCCGCCCCAUUCCCCCUCCUUCCAUCACCCCGCCCCAUUCUCCCGCUUUCCAUCACCCCGCCCCAUUCUCCCGCUUUCCAUCACCCCGCCCCAUUCUCCCUCUUUCCAUCACCCCGCCCCAUUCUCCCGCUUUCCAUCACCCCGCGCCAUUCUCCCGCUUUCCAUCACCCUGCCCCAUUCUCCCGCUUUCCAUCACCCCGCCCAUUCUCCCGCUUUCCAUCACCCCGCCCCAUUCUCCCGCUUUCCAUCACCCCGCCCCAUUCUCCCUCCUUCCAUCAUCCCGCCCCAUUCUCCCUCUUUCCAUCACCCCGCCCCGUUCUCCCGCUUUCCAUCACCACGCUCCAUUCUCCCUCUUUCCAUCACCUCGCCCCAUUCUCCCUCCUUCCAUCACCCCGUCCCAUUCUCCCGCUUUCCAUCACCCCGCUCCAUUCUCCCGCUUUCCAUCACCCCGCCCAAUUCUCUCUCUUUCCAUCACCGCUCCCUAUUCUCCCUCUUUCCAUCACCCCGCCCCAUUCUCCCGCUUUCCAUCAACCCGCCCCAUUCUCCCGCUUUCCAUCACCCCGCCCCAUUCUCCCGCUUUCCAUCACCCCGCCCCAUUCUCUCGCUUUCCAUCACCCCGCCCAAUUCUCCCUCUUUCCAUCACCCCGCCCCGUUCUCCCGCUUUCCAUCACCUCGCCCCGUUCUCCCGCUUUCCAUCACCCCGCCCCAUUCUCCCCCUUUCCAUCACCUUGCCACAUUCUCCCGCUUUCCAUCACCCCGCCCCAUUCUCCCUCUUUCCAUCACCCCGCCCCGUUCUCCCGCUUUCCAUCACCCCGCCCCGUUCUCCCGCUUUCCAUCACCCCGCCCCAUUCUCCCCCUUUCCAUCACCCCGCCCCAUUCUCCCCCUUUCCAUCACCCCGCCCCAUUCUCCCUCUUUCCAUCAGCCCGCCCAAUUCUCCCUCUUUCCAUCACCCCACCCCAUUCUCCCGCUUUCCAUCACCCCGCCCCAUUCUCCCGCUUUCCAUCACCCCGCCCCAUUCUCCCUCUUUCCAUCACCCUGCCCCAUUCUCCCUCUAUGCAUCACCCCCAAUUCUCCCGCUUUCCAUCACCCCGUCCCAUUCUCCCGCUUUCCAUCACCCCACCCCAUUCUUUUGCUUUCCAUCACCCCACCCCAUCCUCCCUCUUUCCAUCACCCCGCCCCAUUCUCCCGCUUUCCAUCACCCCGCCCCAUUCUCCCUCUUUCCAUCAGCCCGCCCCAUUCUCCCUCUUUCCAUCACCCCGCCCCAUUCUCCCGCUUUCCAUCACCCCGCCCCAUUCUCCCGCUUUCCAUCACCCCGCCCCAUUCUCCCUCUUUCCAUCACCCUGCCCCAUUCUCCCUCUAUCCAUCACCCCGCCCAAUUCUCCCGCUUUCCAUCACCCCGCCCCAUUCUCCCUCUAUCCAUCACCCCACCCAAUUCUUCUCUUUCCAUCACCCCGCCCCAUUCUCCGGCUUUCCAUCACCCCGCCAAAUUCUCCCACUUUCCAUCACCCCGCUCCAUUCUCCCGCUUUCCAUCACCCCGCCCAAUUCUCCCUCUUCCCAUUACCCCUCCCCAUUCUCCCUCUUUCCAUCACCCCGCCCCAUUCUCCCGCUUUCCAUCACCCCGCCCCAUUCUCCCUCUUUCCAUCACCCCGCCCCAUUCUCCCGCUUUCCAUCACCCUGCCCCAUUCUCCCUCUUUCCAUCACCCCGCUCCAUUCUCCUGCUUUCCAUCACCCCGCCCCAUUCUCCCGCUUUCCAUCACCCCGCUCCAUUCUCCCGCUUUCCAUCACCCGCCCCAUUCUCCCGCUUUCCAUCACCCCGCCCCAUUCUCCCUCUUUCCAUCACCCCGCCCCAUUCUCCCUCUUUCCAUCACCCCUCCCCGUUCUCCCGCUUUCCAUCACCCAGCCCUAUUCUCCGUCUUUCCAUCACCCCGCCCCAGUCUCGCACUUUCAAUCACCCCGCCCCAUUCUCCCGCUUUCCAUCACCCCGCCCCAUUCUCCCCCUUUCCAUCACCCCGCCCCAUUCUCCCACUUUCCAUCACCCCGCCCCAUUCUCCCGAUUUCCAUCACCCCGCCCCAUUCUCCCUCUUUGCAUUAGCCCGCCCCAUUCUCCCUCUUUCCAUCACCCCGCCCCAUUCUCCCGCUUUCCAUCACCCCGCCCCAUUCUCCCGCUUUCCAUCACCCCGCCCCAUUCUCCCGCUUUCCAUCACCCCGCUCCAUUCUCCCGCUUUCCAUCAACCCGCCCAAUUCUCCCUCUUCCCAUUACCCCUCCCCAUUCUCCCUCUUUCCAUCACCCCGCCCCAUUCUCCCGCUUUCCAUCACCCCGCCCCAUUCUCCCUCUUUCCAUCACCCCGCCCCAUUCUCCCGCUUUCCAUCACCCCGCCCCAUUCUCCCUCUUUCCAUCAACCCGCCCCAUUCUCCCUCUUUCCAUCACCCCGCCCCAUUCUCCCGCCUUCCAUCACCCCGCCCCAUUCUCCCUCUUUCCAUCACCCCGCUCCAUUCUCCCGCUUUCCAUCACCCCGCCCCAUUCUUCCGCUUUCCAUCACCCCGCUCCAUUCUCCCGCUUUCCAUCACCCCGCCCCAUUCUCCCGCUUUCCAUCACCCCGCCCCAUUCUCCCUCUUUCCAUCACCCCGCCCCGUUCUCCCGCUUUCCAUCACCACGCUCCAUUCUCCCUCUUUCCAUCACCUCGCCCCAUUCUCCCUCCUUCCAUCACCCCGUCCCAUUCUCCCGCUUUCCAUCACCCCGCUCCAUUCUCCCGCUUUCCAUCACCCCGCCCAAUUCUCUCUCUUUCCAUCACCGCUCCCUAUUCUCCCUCUUUCCAUCACCCCGCCCCAUUCUCCCGCUUUCCAUCAACCCGCCCCAUUCUCCCGCUUUCCAUCACCCCGCCCCAUUCUCCCGCUUUCCAUCACCCCGCCCCAUUCUCUCGCUUUCCAUCACCCCGUCCAAUUCUCCCUCUUUCCAUCACCCCGCCCCGUUCUCCCGCUUUCCAUCACCCCGCCCCGUUCUCCCGCUUUCCAUCACCCCGCCCCAUUCUCCCCCUUUCCAUCACCUUGCCACAUUCUCCCGCUUUCCAUCACCCCGCCCCAUUCUCCCUCUUUCCAUCACCCCGCCCCAUUCUCCCGCUUUCCAUCACCCCGCCCCGUUCUCCCGCUUUCCAUCACCCCGCCCCAUUCUCCCCCUUUCCAUCACCCCGCCCCAUUCUCCCCCUUUCCAUCACCCCGCCCCAUUCUCCCUCUUUCCAUCAGCCCGCCCAAUUCUCCCUCUUUCCAUCACCCCACAACAUUCUCCCGCUUUCCAUCAUUCCGCCCCAUUCUCCCGCUUUCCAUCACCCCGCCCCAUUCUCACUCUUUCCAUCACCCUGCCCCAUUCUCCCUCUAUCCAUCACCCCGCCCAAUUCUCCCGCUUUCCAUCACCCCGUCCCAUUCUCCCGCUUUCCAUCACCCCGCCCCAUUCUUUUGCUUUCCAUCACCCCACCCCAUCCUCCCUCUUUCCAUCACCCCGCCCCAUUCUCCCGAUUUCCAUCACCCCGCCCCGUUCCCCCGCUUUCCAUCACCCCGCCCCAUUCUCCCGCUUUCCAUCAUCCCGCCCCAUUCUCCCGCUUUCCAUCACCCCGCCCCAUUCUCCCUCUUUCCAUCACCCCGCCCCAUUCUUCCUCUUUCCAUCACCCAGCCCCAUUCUCCCGAUUUCCAUCACCCCGCCCCAUUCUUCCUCUUUCCAUCACCCCGCCCCAUUCUCCCUCUUUCCAUCACCCCGCCCCAUUCUCCCUCUUUCCAUCACCACGCCCCACUCUCCCGCCUUCCAUCACCCCGCCCCAUUCUCUCGCUUUCCAUCAUCCCGCUCCAUUGUCUCGCUUUCCAUCACCCCGCCCAAUUCUCCCUCUUUCCAUCACCCCUCCCCAUUCUCCCUUUUUCCAUCACCCCGCCCCAUUCUCCCGCUUUCCAUCACCCCGCCCCAUUCUCCCUCUUUCCAUCACCCCACCCCACUCUCCCGCCUUCCAUCAACCCGCCCAAUUCUCCCUCUUUCCAUCAGCCCGCCCCAUUCUCCCUCUUUCCAUCACCCCGCCCCAUUCUCCCGCUUUCCAUCACCCCGCCCCAUUCUCCUUCUUUCCAUCACCCCGCCCCAUUCUCCCUCUUUCCAUCACCCCGCCCCAUUCUCCCGCUUUCCAUCACCCUGCGCCAUUUUCCCUCUAUCCAUCGCCCCGCCCCAUUCUCCCGCUUUCCAUCACCCCGCCCCAUUCUCUCGCUUUCCAUCAUCCCGCUCCAUAGUCCCGCUUUCCAUCACCCCGCCCAAUUCUCACUCUUUCCAUCACCCCUCCCCAUUCUCCCUUUUUCCAUCACCCCGCCCCAUUCUCCUGCUUUCCAUCACCCCGCCCCAUUCUCCCUCUUUCCAUCACCCCGCCCCAUUCUCCCUCUUUCCAUCACCCCGCCCCAUUCUCCCUCUUUCCAUCACCUCGCCCCAUUCUCCCGCUUUCCAUCACCCCGCCCCAUUCUCCUGCUUUCCAUCACCUCGCUCCAUUCUCUUGCUUUCCAUCACCCCGCCCAGUUCUCCCUCUUUCCAUCACCCCUCCCCAUUCUCCCUCUUUCCAUCACCCCGCCCCAUUCACCCUCUUUCCAUCACCCCGCCCCAUUCUCCCUCUUUCCAUCACCCCACCCCAUUCCCCCUCUUUCCAUCACCCCAUCCCAUUCCCCCUCUUUCCAUCACACCGCCUCAUUCUCCCGCUUUCCAUCACCCCGCCCCAUUCUCCCUGGUUCCAUCACCCCACCCCAUUCUCCCGCUCUCAAUCACCCCGCCCCGUUCUCCCGUUUUCCAUCACCCCUCCCCAUUCUCCCUCUUUCCAUCACCCCGCCCCAUUCUCCCUCUUCCAUCAACCCGCCCCAUUCUCCCGCUUUCCAUUACCCCGCCCCAUUCUCCCACUGUCCAUCACCCUGCUCCGUUCUCCCGCUUUCCAUCACCCCGCCCAAUUCUCCCUCUUUCUAUCACCCCUCUCCAUUCUCCCUCUUUCCAUCACCUCGCCCCAUUCUCCCGCUUUCUAUCACCUUGCCCCAUUCUCCCUUUUUCCAUUACCCCGCCCCAUUCUUCCGCUUUCCAUCACCCCGCCCCAUUCUCCCUCUUUCCAUCACCCCGCCCCAUUAUCCCACUUUCCAUCACCCCGCCCCAUUCUCCCGCUUUCCAUCACCCCGCCGCAUUCACCCUCUUUCCAUCACCCCGCCCCAUUCUCCCGCUUUCCAUCACCCCGCCCCAUUCUCUGGUUUCCAUCACCCCGCUCCAUUCUCCCGCUUUCCAUCACCCCGCCCACCAUCACCCCUCCCCAUUCUCCCUCUUUCCAUCACCCCACCCCAUUCACCCUCUUUCCAUCACCCCCCCCCAUUCUCCCUCUCUCCAUGACCCCGCCCCAUUCCCCCUCUUUCCAUCACCCCGCCCCAUUCUCCCUGUUUCCAUCACCCCGCCCCAUUCUCCCUGUUUCCAUCACCCCGCCUCAUUCUCACGCUUUCCAUCACCCCGCCCCAUUCUCCCGCUUUCCAUCACCCCGCCCCAUUCUCCCGCUUUCUUUCACCCCGCCCCAUUUUCCCGCUUUCCAUCAUCCCGCCCCGUUCUCCCGCUUUCCAUCACCCCGCCCCAUUCUCCCGCUUUCCAUCACCUCGCCCCUCUCCCGCUCUCAAUCACCCCGCCCCAUUCUCCCGUUUUCCAUCACCCCUCCCCAUUCUCCCUCUCUCCAUCACCCUGCCCCAUUCUCCCUCUUUCCAUCACCCUGCCCUGUUCUCCCGCUUUCAAUCACCCCGCCCCAUUCUCCCGCUUUGCAUCACCCCGCCCCAUUCUCCCUCUUUCCAUCACCCCGCCCCAUUCUCCCUCUAUCCAUCACCCCGCCCCAUUCUCCCGCUUUCCAUCACCCUCUCCCAUUCUCCCGCUUUCCAUCACCACGCCCCAUUUUCUUGCUUUCCAUCACCCCGCCCCAUUCUCCCGCUUUCCAUCACCCUGCCCCAUUCUCCGGCUUUCUAUCACCCCGCCCCAUUCUCCCGCUUUCCAUCACCCCGCCCCAUUCUCCCGCUUUCCAUCACCCCGCCCCAUUCUCCUGCUUUCCAUCACCCCACCCCAUUCACCCUCUUUCCAUCACCCCGCCCCAUUCUCCCGCUUUCCAUCACCCCGCCCCAUUCUCCGGUUUCCAUCACCCCGCUCCAUUCUCCCGCUUUCCAUCACCCCGCCCACCAUCACCCCUCCCCAUUCUCCCUCUUUCCAUCACCCCACCCCAUUCACCCUCUUUCCAUCACCCCGCCCCAUUCUCCCUCUUUCCAUGACCCCGCCCCAUUCCCCCUCUUUCCAUCACCCCGCCCCAUUCUCCCUGUUUCCAUCACCCCGCCCCAUUCUCCCUGUUUCCAUCAGUCCGCCUCAUUCUCACGCUUUCCAUCACCCCGCCCCAUUGUCCCGCUUUCCAUCACCCCGCCCCGUUCACCCGCUUUCUUUCACCCCACCCCAUUUUCCCGCUUUCCAUCAUCCCGCCCCGUUCUCCCGCUUUCCAUCACCGUGCCCCGUUCUCCCGCUUUCCAUCACCUCGCCCCGUUCUCCCGCUUUCCAUCACCCCGCCCCGUUCUCCCGCUUUCCAUCACCCCGCCCCAUUCUCCCCCUUUCCAUCACCCCGCCCCAGUCUCCCGCUCUCAAUCACCCCGCCCCAUUCUCCCGUUUUCCAUCACCCCUCCCCAUUCUCCCUCUCUCCAUCACCCCGCCCAAUUCUCCCUCUUUCCAUCACCCCGCCCUGUUCUCCCGCUUUCAAUCACCCCGCCCCAUUCUCCCGCUUUGCAUCACCCCGCCCCAUUCUCCCUCUUUUCAUCACCACUCUCCAUUCUCCCUCUUUCCAUCAUCCCGCCCUAUGCUCCUGCUUUCCAUCACCCCACCCCAUUCCCCUCUUUCCAUCACCCCGCCCCAUUCUCCCGCUUUCCAGCACCCCGCCCCAUUCUCCCUCUUUCCACCACCUCGCCCCAUUCUCCCUGUUUCCAUUACCCCUCCCCAUUCUCCCUCUUUCCAUCACCCCGCCCCAUUCUCCCGCUUUCCAUCACCCCGCCCCAUUCUCCCGCUUUCCAUCACCCCGCCCCGUUCUCCCACUUUCCAUCACCCCGCCCCGUUCUCCCGCUUUCCAUCACCUCGCCUCGUUCUCCCGCUUUCCAUCACCCCGCCCCGUUCUCCCGCUUUCCAUCACCCCGCCCCAUUCUUCCCCUUUCCAUCACCCCGCCCUAGUCUCCCGCUCUCAAUCACCCCGCCCCAUUCUCCCGUUUUCCAUCACCCCUCCCCAUUCUUCCUCUUUCCAUCACCCGGCCCUGUUCUCCCGCUUUUAAUCACCCCGCCCUAUUCUCCCGCUUUCCAUCACCCCGCCCCAUUCUCCCUCUAUCCAUCACCCUGCCCCAUUCUCCCACUUUCGAUCACCCCGCCCCAUUCUCUUGCUUUCCAUCACCCAGCCCCAUUCUCCCGCUUUCCAUCACCCCGCCCCACUCUCCCGCUUUCCAUCACCCCGCCCCAUUCUUCCUCUUUCCAAAACCCCGCCCCAUUCUCCCGCUUUCCAUCACUUCGCCCCAUUCUCCAGCUUUCCAUCACCCCGCUCCAUUCUCGCUCUCUCCAUCACCCCGCCCCAUUCUCCCGUUUUCCAUCACCCCACCCCAUUCUCCCUCUUUCCAUCACCCCGCCCCAUUCUCCCUCUUUCCAUCACCCCGCCCCAUUCUUCCUCUUUCCAAAACCCCGCCCCAUUCUCCCGCUUUCCAUCACUCCGCCCCAUUCUCCAGCUUUCCAUCACCCCGCUCCAUUCUCGCUCUCUCCAUCACCCCGCCCCAUUCUCCCGUUUUCCAUCACCCCACCCCAUUCUCCCUCUUUCCAUCACCCCGCCCCAUUCUCCCUCUUUCCAUCACCCCGCCCCAUUCUCCCUCUUUCCAUCACCCAACCUUGUUCUCCCUCUUUCCAUCACCCCGCCCCACUCUCCAUCUUUCCAUCAUCCCGCCCCAUUCUCCCGCCUUCCAUCACCCAGCCCCAUUCUCCCUCUUUACAUCACCCUGCCCCAUUCUCCCGAUUUCUACCACACCGCCCGAUUCUCCCGCUUUCCAUCACCCCGCCCCAUUCUCCCUCUUUCCAUCACCCCGCCCCAUUCUCCCGCUUUCCAUCACCCCGCCCCAUUUUCCCUCUUUCCAUCACCCCGCCCCAUUCUCCCGCUUUCCAUCACCCCGCCCCAUUCUCCCUCUUUCUAUCACCCCUCCCCAUUCUCCCGCUUUCCAUCACCCCGCCCAAUUCUCCCUCUUUCUAUCACCCCUCCCCAUUCUCCCUUUUUCCAUCACCCCGCCCCAUUCUCCCUCUUUCCAUCACCCCGCUUCAUUCUCCCGCUUUCCAUCACCCCGCCCCAUUCUCCCGCUUUCUAUCACCCCGCCCCAUUUUCACUCUUUCCAUCACCGCGCCACAUUCUCCCGCUUUCCAUCACCCCGCCCCAUUCUCCCGCUUUCCAUCACCCCGCCCCAUUCUCCCGCUUUCCAUCAGCCCACCCCAUUCUCCAGCAUUCCAUCACCCCGCUCCAUUCUCUCGCUUUCCAUCACCCCGCCCAAUCCUCCCUCCUUCCAUCACCCCUCCCCAUUCUCCCUCUUUCCAUCACCCCGCCCCAUUCUCCCGCUUUCCAUCACCCCGCCCCAUUCUCUCUCUUUCCAUCACCCCGCCCCAUUCUCCCUCUUUCCAUCACCCCGCCACAUUCUCCCUCUUUCCAUCACCCUGCCCUAUUCUCCCUGUUUCCAUCACCCCGCCCCAUUCUCCCUGUUUCCAUCACCCCGCCCGAUUCUCCCGCUUUCCAUCACCCCGCCCCAUUCUGCCUGUUUCCAUCACCCCGCCACGUUCUCCCGCUUUCCAUCACCCCACCCCAUUCUCCCCCUUUCCAUCACCCCGCCCCAUUCUCCCGCUCUCAAUCACCCCGCCCCAUUCUCCCGUUUUCCAUCACCCCUCCCCAUUCUCCCUCUUUCCAUCACCCCGCCCCAUUCUCCCUCUUUCCAUCACCCUGCCCCAUUCUCUCGCUUUCUAUCACCCCGCCCCAUUCUCCCGCUUUCCAUCAUCCCGCUCCAUUCUCCCCCUUUCCAUCACCCCGCCCAAUUCUCCCUCUUUCCAUCACCCCUCCCCAUUCUCCCUCUUUCCAUCACCCCGCCCCAUUCUCCCGCUUUCCAUCACCCCGCCCCAUUCUCCCGCUUUCCAUCACCCCGCCCAAUUCUCCCUGUUUCCACCACCCCGCCACGUUCUCCCGCUUUCCAUCACCCCACCUCAUUCUCCCCCUUUCCAUCACCCCGCCCCAUUCUCCCGCUCUCACUCACCCCGCCCCAUUCUCCCGUUUCCAUCACCCCUCCCCAUUCUCCCUCUUUCCAUCACCCCGCCCCAUUCUCCCUCUUUCCAUCACCCUGCCCCAUUCUCCCGCUUUCUAUCACGCCGCCCCAUUCUCCCGCUUUCCAUCAUCCCGCUCCAUUCUCCCCCUUUCCAUCACCCCACCCAAUUCUCCCUCUUUCCAUCACCCCUCCCCAUUCUCCCUCUUUCCAUCACCCCGCCCCAUUCUCCCGCUUUCCAUCACCCCGCCCCAUUCUCCCGCUUUCCAUCACCCCGCCCCAUUCUCCCUCUUUCCACCACCCCGCCCCUUUCUCCCUUUUUCCAUCACCCCGCCCCAUUCUCCCGUUUUCCAUCACCCCAACCCAUUCUCCCUCUUUCCAUCACCCCGCCCCAUUCUCACUCUUUCCAUCACCCCGCCCCAUUCUCACUCUUUCCAUCACCCCGCCCCAUUCUCUCGCUUUCCAUCACCCCGCCCCAUUCUCCCUCUUUCCAUCACCCCGCCCCAUUCUCCCUCUUUCCAUCACCCCGCCCUAUUCUCCCGCUUUCCAUUACCGCGCCCUACUCUCCAUCUUUCCAUCACCCCGCCCUAUUCUCCCGCCUUCCAUCACCCCGCCCCAUUCUCCCGCUUUCUAUCAUCCCGCCCCAUUCUCCCGCUUUCCAUCACCCCGCCCCAUUCUCCCUCUUUCCAUCACCCCUCCCCAUUCUCCCGCUGUCCAUCACCCCGCCCCAUUCUCCCGCUUUCCAUGGUAUAAUGUAA